AUGUCGUUCAGAGUGGUUCGUAGUUCAAAAUUCCGCCAUGUAUAUGGUCAGGCCCUUAAAAGGGAACAGUGUUAUGAUAACAUCAGAGUAUCGAAAAGUUCGUGGGACUCUACGUUUUGUGCUGUAAACCCCACUUUCCUAGCCAUCAUUGUAGAGUCAGCCGGCGGGGGAGCCUUCAUAGUUUUACCCCAUAAUAAGGUCGGCCGCAUACCAGCAGAUCAUCCUUUGGUGGGAGGUCACAAAGGUCCAGUGUUGGACAUAGCGUGGUGUCCCCACAACGACAACGUCAUCGCCAGCGGUUCCGAAGACUGCGUUGUUAAGGUAUGGCAGAUCCCGGACGGUGGCCUGACCCGUACAUUAACGGAGCCUGUGGUGGAUCUCGUGUACCAUCAGCGACGCGUAGGCUUGGUGCUAUGGCAUCCAACAGCUCAGAACGUACUGCUAACUGCUGGCUCCGACAACCAGAUAGCGAUCUGGAAUGUUGGCACGGGCGAGGUGUUGCUGAGUCUGGACUGUCACCCUGACCUCAUCUACUCCGCCUGCUGGAACUGGACUGGCUCCAAGCUGCUCACCACCUGCCGCGACAAGAAGAUUAGAAUAAUAGACCCUCGCAAGGGAGAAGUGGAAUCAGAGGCCAUAGCUCACGAAGGCAGCAAAGCAUCCAGAGCAAUCUUUUUAAAGCAUGGACUGGUGUUCACCACUGGAUUCAGUCGCAUGUCGGAGCGUCAAUAUACUCUCCGUACACCGGACGCCCUCGGUGAACCUAUCGUGACGGUGGAGAUUGACACAAGUAACGGAGUCAUGUUCCCACUCUACGAUCCUGACACCAAUCUCAUCUACCUCUGCGGGAAGGGUGAUUCGGUCAUCAGAUAUUUUGAGGUCACCCCAGAGCCACCUUUCGUCCACUACAUUAACACCUUCCAAACACCAGACCCACAGAGAGGUAUCGGUAUGAUGCCCAAACGGGGCUGUGACGUAGCUACGUGCGAAAUAGCAAAGUUCUACAGACUCAACAAUUCUGGUCUCUGUCAGGUGGUGUCGAUGACGGUGCCGCGUAAGUCUGAGUUGUUCCAGGAGGACUUGUAUCCUGACACGUUGUCUGAUGAAGCUUCAUUAACCGCGGACGAGUGGCUCGCGGGUGAAGACGCUGAACCCUGCACCAUGUCGCUGAAGGAGCGUGCGCUUAUUGUGCAGGGUGGAUACGUAGCGGGGAGGGCGCACAACCUCACCGUGACCAAGAGGAACGCACUGGCCACCGCCAGGGAUAAGGAAAAGGAGAAAGAGAAGGAAAAGGACAAGGAGCCCGAGAGGAGCCCCACCCCUGGACAACGGGACACGCCCGCCACGCCGGCCGCCACCCCACCGCCGGCCUUCACCGCUAUGGUGGAGAAGCAAUUAUCUGACCUGGUGGAAGAGAUCCGUAAGCUGAAAUCAGUUAUAGUGAAGCAAGAGAACCGUAUACGUGCGCUCGAGGCUACGGUCAAGGGACAAGUGGCUGCGGCCACACCAGUGCCCGCUGAUCAUAACCACGACGACAACAUGGCGCCCGACGAGGUCUGA